AUGGCAUCAAGCAUCAGUGUCGAGUUCAGCACAAGAGGCCACACAAGCGACGAUGCCGGAGAAGCAUACUACAACAUCGACAGAACAUCCGAAAAAUUCACAAUCCUCGCACGAAAGCCAUCAGACUAUGAACUCACCAUCUCCCUCGACAACAUGUCGACGAAGCAAAACCCCAAAGGAACUAACGUCAACCUAGGAUUCCGCCACAACGCCGCUGUUAACUGGAUCCUUUCCACUGACGCAGCCGGCACAUGGUGGUCCAACAGCGGUACCUACACAGACUGGAUGCAACAAAGCAUGGGUUCUCUAGCAAACAGAACCCUGAAACACAUCUGCAUGCCCGGCAGCCACGACGCCGGCAUGGGCGCCUUCCACCCAGGCACCAUCGGCGCACAUUUUGCAAACACACAAACGCAGUAUCUCGAUUUCGCCGGCCAACUCAAGGCCGGAUCACGAUACUUCGACCUGCGGCCUGUGAUAUCCAGAGGCGAUUGGGUAACCGGCCACUACAGCUCCGUCGGUGACAUCUGGCUCGGCGGCAAUGGGCAGAGUCUCUCGGAAAUAAUCCAGCAGAUCAAUGACUUCACAUCAAAGUACCAGGAGCUAAUCAUCAUAAACCUCAGCCACACACUCGACACAGACAACGCGUACAAAGAACUAUCCCAAGCCCAAUGGAACGCCCUCUUCACCACGCUCCAAGCCAUAAAGAACCGGCACAUAGUGGCCAACCCCGGCAACACGGAUUUCUCAAACAGCCGUCUCGCGGAUUUUAUCACCGACCGUGCUGCUGUACUGAUCGUAGCAGAGUUACCAGACGGGAUAACACUUGGCAGUUUCGCAAACCAGGGUUUCUACAGUACGACGCGAAAUCUUCCCACGUAUAACGAAUACAGCAAUAGCAACAACCUGGCGAGUAUGAAAACAGACCAAAUAGCAAAGCUGAAAGCAAAUCGAAAUAUCGUGGCUUCCAACACCGAGCGGAAAGAUGUGUUUCACAUAUUUUCCUGGACGCUGACGCAGCAGCCAGAGGAUGUGUUGAAUUUCGACAAAGCGGUCAUGUAUGGUAUCCCCUAG